AUGAGUUCUGAUCAACUAUCAGCAGAAGAACCUCCUUCUAUUGAAAAUUUUAUGGGGACAGAUAUACAUGAUAGUGUUACUGUUCAUAGAGAACUUACGAGGAAUAAUGCAGAAGUCUUAGCAAGGACGUUUACAGACAAUAUUGCGGAACUUACGGAGGAUCAUUCGCAAGUCUAUUCAGAAGAAGAAGAGGAAAGGGAAAAAGCGGCUAGUAUCAUCGAAUCAAAGACAAGUGAUUUAGUUCCUCUUGAAAGGACGAGAACGACCUUAUUUUCUCCACAUUUGAAAAGUGAAAGGAAGAAGAUUGUGUUGAGGUUUCUUUGGAUCAAUUUUGUUAUAGCUCUGUUUUGUUUCACUGUUUUACCUAUUUUUUGGGGUAGUCUUUAUGAUUCAACAAGAUAUUUCCAUAAAGUUAAUUAUUUGGCGGUAAUACAAGAUGAACCUGUAAAUGUUAGAGGAGUGACAGUACCCGCUAUGGGUUCAUUUAUUCCUCAGAUUAUUGCAGAAUUGCCGGGUACAUGGCACAUUUACAAUACAACCACUUUCCAAGACAAAUUUGGUGUAAACUCCGCAGGGGAAAUCGAUCAGAAAGUUAUCGAUGAGAUAUUCGAUGAACACUAUUGGUUAGCAAUAAAUGUGAAGGCCAAUGCCACACAGACUCUAGUUGAGUCUUUUCUUGUACCACCCCCUUUAGGUCAAGUAUUUAACUCAUCUAAUUUUUUCGAAGUAGUAUAUGAAAGCGCAAAAGAUAUAACUAGUGUUCCAUCUUCAAUACUAGCACCCGUUCAAGCCUUGGAAACCUACUUUAAACAGAUAUAUAAUAGUAGGUAUUUGCCUGGUCUUUUCUCUCAAUUACCAUCCAAUUUAUCAGAUUAUAAUCCAGAAGCAUUGUCAUACGCAACAAGUAUGUCAUUCCACUAUUUUGAUUAUAGGCCUUUCACACCAAGAACUUUAUAUGGUCCGUUACUAGGUGGCUGCAUUUAUGCCUUAACCAUCACUAUUUUCCAGUUUUUAAUAUUUACUCCAUUACAUAUCAAGAUGGCAGGUUUAUUAUCACCAAAGCAUAUUAUCUUAUAUAGGUUAGCGAUCGCAUGGUGUUGUUUCUUUUUCCUAUCGUUAUUUUAUUGCACAGUCUCCGCGAUCUUUCAAAUCAGUUUUAGAGGAACAUUCGGUAGAGGUAAAUUUAUGGUUUAUUGGAUGACGACAUGGUUAUACAUGCUUGCAGUUGGUGGUGCUAACGAAAAUGUCGCAUCAAUUAUCUUCACAUUUUGCCCACCAUAUUUCGGGUUCUGGGUUGUCUUCUUCGUCAUUAUUAAUAUGUCUACUAGUUUCUUUUCAAUGGCUUUGAAUAACUACUUCUUUAGGUUCGGUUAUAUGUUGCCGAUGCAUAACGCCCUAGAUCUAUAUAGAGUAAUCUUGGCGGAUUUAUCAAGAAGUCAUAUGGGUAGAAAUUAUGGUAUCUUAGUUGCAUGGGUCGUCUUGAACACUGCAUUGUUCCCAUUUAUCAUGAAAUUCGUGGGAGCUACUAUACGGAAAAGAGCGGCGGCAAGUAAAACAUCAGGGGCAACACAUUAA